UCCGGUUACGAACCGAUCACAACCAUGUUGUAAUCCACUUGAAGAAUUGGGAUAAGUUUUCAGAGAAUUAGUCUCAGCUUUAUGUAGUCAAAUCUCUUUAUUUGUUCAUCUCUUACUGUUUUAUCAAUUGACCUUUGACCAUAUUAGUUGAUUCGGUUGACUAAUUUCAGGUAGCUAGUAUCAACUUUAUGUGAUAUUCUCUGCCUUUGUCUCAUCUUAUAACUGUUUUCUUAGCUUACCUCAAAAAUUUAAAUAUAGUUUUUUUUUAUUCUUUACAUGUCAUAUCUAUUGGUGUUUCAGCAGGACUUGCCCUUUAUAGCUAGGAUUGGUAGAGAAGAAGUAAUGGCUCAAGAGGGUCAAAAUUUUAGUCAAUAACCUUUUUAAUAAAUCAGGCCAUGGAAAUAUGUUAUUACAUUUAGAUUUGUGGUUCUGUAAUGUCUAAUACAUGUAUCUUUGUUGUUUUUCUGUGCUUAGACAACUGCGUAAUUGUCAUAUACCUAUUCUUUACUUUUGGCCACUCAUGGUAUUCUAUGUGCAUAUGUGCUGCUGUGAAUGCGGAGACACGUGAAGAAGUUGCCAUUAAGAAAAUUGGUAAUGCAUUUGACAACAGCAUAGAUGCCAAAAGAACAUUGAGGGAGAUUAAGCUUCUUCGCCAUAUGGAACAUGAAAAUGUUAUUGCUAUUAGAGACAUCAUUCGGCCACCAAAAAAGGAGGCUUUCAAUGAUGUGUACAUUGUUUAUGAAUUGAUGGACUCUGAUCUUCAUCACAUUAUUCGUUCUGAUCAAGCUCUGACUGAUGACCAUUGUCAGUACUUCUUGUAUCAAUUGUUACGUGGACUGCGAUACGUGCACUCAGCCAGCGUCCUCCAUCGUGAUCUUAAGCCUAGCAAUUUGCUUGUCAACGCUAACUGUGAUCUCAAAAUUGGAGAUUUUGGAUUGGCACGGACAACAUCUGAAACAGAUUUCAUGACUGAGUAUGUUGUCACUCGUUGGUACCGAGCACCGGAGUUGCUUCUUAAUUGUUCGGAGUACACUGCUGCAAUUGAUAUUUGGUCUGUCGGUUGCAUCCUUGGUGAAAUAAUGACUAGAGAACCUUUGUUUCCUGGGAAAGAUUAUGUUCAUCAAUUAAGGCUUAUUACUGAGUUAAUAGGUUCGCCUGAUGAUGCUAGCCUCGGUUUUCUCCGAAGUGAUAAUGCUAGAAGAUAUGUUAGACAGCUUCCGCAGUACAGAAAACAAAACUUCUCAGUUAGGUUUCCGAAUGUGUCUUCUGGGGCUGCUGAUCUGCUGGAAAAAAUGCUUGUUUUUGAUCCGAACAAGCGCAUUACAGUUGAUGAGGCACUUUGUCACCCAUAUUUGUCUUCUCUUCAUGAUCUCAAUGAUGAGCCGAUCUGCCUCCGGCCUUUUCAUUUUGAUUUCGAGCAUCCCUCGUGCACCGAAGAGCACAUCAAGGAACUUAUCUGGAAAGAAUCAGUGAAGUUCAAUCCAGAUCCUCCAAUCCAUUAGGGGAAAAUGAAAGAAAUUUUUUUUUUUUCUUGUUGAAAAUUGUGCUGGUCAUCGGCAUUCCUCAGCGCACAUGAACUUGGUGUUCCUAGACGCCGGUAGAUAAAAGGCGUCCAGUCUUCGGAACGUGGAAGCCUAACUUACCUGAGAGAUUUCGGUGCGUAUAUGUUAUAUUAAUGCAUGAAAUGCAUUGUAAAAAAAAUUAGUGCUGAUCUUCUGUGAGUACUAGCAGUUGAGGUAGGAGCAAAGCAAGGAUUAAGCAUGUUGUAUGUAUUGCUCAUGGAUCUGGUGUCUAUAAUAUUUUUAAUGCAAAAUAAUGAUAAACUAAAGUUAUUGGCUUC